AUGUCGUCCUUGAGUCGAGAACUGGUUUUCUUAAUACUGCAGUUCUUGGAUGAGGAGAAGUUCAAGGAGACUGUCCACAAGCUGGAGCAAGAAUCUGGAUUUUUCUUCAACAUGAAGUACUUUGAGGAUCAAGUCCAAGCUGGUGAAUGGGAGGAAGUUGAGCGUUAUUUAAGUGGAUUCACAAAAGUUGAGGACAACCGUUAUUCUAUGAAGAUUUUCUUUGAGAUUAGAAAGCAGAAAUAUCUCGAAGCUCUUGACAAACAAGAUCGUGCUAAAGCUGUUGAGAUUCUUGUUAAAGAUCUCAAGGUGUUUGCCUCGUUUAAUGAAGAUCUUUUUAAAGAGAUCACCCAACUUUUGACUCUCGACAAUUUUAGGCAGAAUGAGCAGCUCUCGAAAUACGGGGACACAAAGUCAGCACGCAACAUAAUGCUGGUUGAGCUGAAAAAGCUUAUAGAAGCAAAUCCCUUGUUCCGUGACAAGCUAACCUUGCCGGUUUUUAAGGCUUCUAGGUUAAGAACACUUAUUAACCAAAGUCUUAAUUGGCAGCAUCAGCUUUGCAAGAACCCACGACCAAACCCUGAUAUAAAAACUCUCUUUACUGACCACUCUUGCGCUUCGAGUAAUGGUGCUCGUGCCCCCCCUCCAACUAAUAACCCUCUUGGUGGACCUGUUCCUAAACCGGGCGGUUUUCCUCCUCUUGGAGCCCAUGGUCCUUUCCAGCCAGUUGUUUCACCACCUCCAAGUGCAAUCGCGGGUUGGAUGUCAACUUCUAACCCGUCCAUGCCUCAUGCUGCUGUUGCUGCGCCUCCUCCUGGCCUUGUUCACGCUCCUAGUUCUGCUGCAUUUUUAAAACAUCCAAGGGCUCCUCCCCCAGUUGGACCCGGAAUGGAUUAUCAGACUGCAGACUCUGAGCAUUUGAUGAAACGUCUUCGAACUGGACCUGAUGAGGUGUCAUUUUCUGGUUCUUCUCAUCCGCCUAGUAUGUAUUCACCAGAUGACCUUCCAAAAACUGUUGUGCGGAACCUUAGCCAAGGAUCAAAUGUUAUGAGCAUGGACUUCCAUCCUCAACAACAGACGAUCCUUCUAGUUGGAACAAAUGUUGGUGAUAUUAGCAUAUGGGAAGUGGGAACCCGAGAACGGUUAGCACUUAAGAACUUCAAGGUCUGGGACAUAUCUUCUUGUUCAACAGCAUUUCAGACAAUUAUGGUUAAAGAUGCUACUACAUCUGUCAACAGAUGCGUGUGGGGCCCGGAUGGAUCUAUACUUGGUGUUGCUUUUUCCAAGCACAUUGUUCAGAUAUAUACAUAUAAUGGAGAGUUAAGACAACACUUGGAAAUUGAUGCUCAUGUUGGUGGUGUGAACGAUAUUGCUUUUGCUCAUCCCAACAAGCAAUUAUGCAUAGUUACAUGUGGGGACGACAAGACUAUUAAGGUGUGGGAUGCUGUUGCUGGCCGCAGGAUGUAUACUUUUGAGGGUCAUGAAGCUCCCGUGUAUUCUGUCUGCCCUCAUUAUAAAGAGAAUAUUCAGUUCAUUUUCUCUACUGCAAUUGAUGGGAAAAUAAAAGCAUGGCUUUAUGAUUCAUUGGGAUCUAGAGUUGAUUAUGAUGCCCCUGGACUUUGGUGCACAACAAUGGCAUAUAGUGCUGAUGGAACCAGGCUUUUCUCAUGUGGAACAAGCAAGGAGGGCGAAUCUCAUCUGGUUGAGUGGAAUGAAAGUGAAGGAGCCAUCAAGAGGACAUACUCUGGUUUUCGAAAGCGUUCUUUGGGUGUUGUACAAUUCGAUACAACUAGGAAUCGGUUCUUAGCAGCUGGUGACGAGUUUCAGAUCAAAUUCUGGGACAUGGACAAUACAAACAUCCUUACUUACACAGACAGCGAUGGUGGCCUGCCUGCAAGUCCCAGAUUAAGAUUCAACAAGGAAGGUUCAUUGCUGGCUGUUACAACUAGCGACAAUGGAAUUAAGAUCCUGGCAAAUACUGAUGGCCAGCGGAUGCUGAGAAUGCUGGAGACCAGGGCUUUUGAUGGCCCCCGUGGUCUUUCUGAAGCUGUCAAUGUCAAACCUGCUAUUGGUGGUGCAUUAGGUCCCAUGACUAAUGUUUCUACCUCGGGAUCUCCUAUUCUUGAACGUAAUGAUAGGGUGCAGCUGCCGAUGUCCCUUCUGUCUGGCAUGGAUAGUGGUAGGGUAGCUGAUGUUAAACCAAGAGUUCAUGAGGCAAUCGAAAAACCGAAAAUCUGGAGAUCGCCGGACAUGUCUGAUCCUUCUCAACUCAAGACUCUGAAACUGCCCGAUCCUCUCACACCUACCAAAGUUGUGAGGUUGCUGUACACAAAUUCGGGGCUAGCGGUACUGGCUCUGGCCUCAAAUGCUAUUCACAAGCUCUGGAAGUGGCAGCGCAACGAACGCAAUCCGUCCGGAAAGUCUUCUGCAUCUUGUCUGCCACAAUUAUGGCAGCCUGCUAAUGGGGCUCUCAUGUCUAAUGACGUGAAUGAUGGGAAACAAGCUGAAGACUCUGUUGCGUGCAUUGCUUUGUCGAAAAAUGAUUCGUAUGUCAUGUCUGCUUCGGGAGGGAAGGUUUCCUUGUUCAACAUGAUGACUUUUAAGGUCAUGACAACUUUCAUGCCACCACCUCCUGCAGCAACUUAUCUGGCAUUUCAUCCUCAGGAUAACAAUAUAAUUGCUAUUGGAAUGGAAGAUUCUACAAUACAGAUUUACAAUGUCAGGGUUGAUGAGGUUAAAACCAAGCUCAAGGGUCACCAGAAGCGAAUCUCGGGGCUUGCAUUUUCACAGAGCUUGAACAUAUUGGUUUCCUCUGGAGCUGAUGCACAGUUGUGUGUUUGGAGUAUUGAUGGAUGGGAGAAGAAGAAAUCACGGCUCAUACAGGCCCCGCCGGGUCAACCCGCUCCCUUGGUUGGGGAAACUAAAGUUCAGUUCCAUAACAAUCAAGCGCAUCUUCUUGUUGUUCAUGAAAGCCAAAUUGCUAUAUAUGACUCCCAACUUGAAUGCCUGAGAUCGUGGUAUCCGAGAGACUCCCUUUCUUCGCCAAUUUCAAGUGCGAUAUAUUCGUGUGAUGGACAGCUGAUUUUUACUGGAUUUUGUGAUGGUGCUGUUGGAAUAUUCGAUUCCGAUAGUUUGAACCUUCGAUGUCGGAUAGCACUGUCUGCUUAUUUCUCCUCAUCCAUUUCCAGCAAUGGGAGUGUGUACCCUACGGUAAUUGCAGCCCAUCCAUCGGACGCGAACCAAUUCGCACUCGGCAUGAGUGAUGGUGGUGUCCACGUGAUCGAGCCAUCGGAUGCAGAGGCCAAAUGGGGUGUUGGUGUUGGUGGGUCUGCAUCUCAAGAAAAUGGGGCUUUGCCAUCGAUUCCUUCGAGUUCGGCUUUGAAUGCUCAGCCGCCAUCUGAAACCCCAUCCAGGUGA